AUGGCGUUUUCGAAGCGUUCGUGGACGUUGUCUUCGUUGCCACCGGAGAUAAUAGAAGAAAUACUCUACAAGGCUCCGCCUGAAUCUCUACUCCGGUCAAAACCGACGUGCAAGCAAUGGCACGCUCUCAUCACCAGCAGAAGAUUCAUCUACGAACACUUGCGUCGCUCCCCGCAAAGAUUCAUAAGAACCAAUGAGACAGUAGUACAUAUCAUGGAUCCGGUGACAGGAAGACGCUCAGAUUCACCACUCCCAAAAGAGCUGUACGAUGUAAGAGUGAUGGUACACUGCGACGGACUCAUGGUGUGCAUGCGUGGUAACAGCCAAUAUAGAAACACCAAACUCGCGCUUUGGAAUCCCGUUUUGAGGAAACUCGCCUGGAUCAAACCAUCGACAUGUUUCACAACUUCUGAUUACUACGGGAUGGGAUACGACGGCAAGAAGUCUCGAUAUGACUACAAGAUCUUGAGGUUUACCGAUCGUCGCUAUGAUGAUAUGCAUAAUAGUAAUAAUGAUGAUUAUUAUGCAGAUGAAGCAGAGGUUGAGAUAUAUGAGUGCAAGACUCGUUCGUGGAGAACUCUUGACGCCAAGGUUGAUUGGGAUGUAGAUAUCACGUGCAAAGGCGUGUCCGUGAUGGGCAACAUGUACUGGUUUGCUCAGAAGUAUUGGGAUGCUGAGAAGAAGCAUAGAAACUACAUUCUACGUUUCGAUUUCUCAGCUGAAACGUUCAAGGACGUAUGCUUUGCUCCUCCCUCUCGUGGCGAUAAUUAUCUAGCCUGUUUCGAUGGAGAUAGAUUGUCUUUGCUGCAGCAAGACCAAGAAACGACAAGCCCGAUUGAGGUGUGGGUUUCAAGCAAGUUGGCUGGUGAUGGGGAUGUCUUGUUCAGCAAGUAUUUCAGUGUGUCCCGCCCCGAUCUUCCGGCGUUGCUGUUCCAUACAGAUAUGGCUCAUCCGGUGUACUGCGUUGGGAAGCACAAACGUGUUAUGGCGUGGUGCGAGGGAGAUGUGUAUGAUGGUGAUGAUAAGAUUCCUCCUACUUGCGUCAUUUUUUAUGAAAUUGAUGAGGGUGGGGUAAGAAGACAGCUUGAGACAGAACGACACUACUACGGGUCUGGCUAUUCUAGGACUUUUCUUUGUGGCUACGUAUACGUUCCAAGUCUAGUCCCUCUUCCGGUAUAA